AUCGCUUGAGAGUCGCCACGGGGGACCCGUGUUAGCCGGCCCUAUUUGGUUCAGUUGAUUAAAAGUUUUAUAUUGUAAUUUUUUAAUCUGUGAUUAGAAUUAUGGAUUGGACUACUUCGUGUCAGCAGAUCUGAAUCGGAUACAUUUUUUUUAUAGAUUAGGUAUUAAAGGCAAGACUAAUGGAAUUGAACAGCAGGCUGUACAGAGAGCGGCUGAUCGAUGAGGUGAAGAAGUACCCGGUGCUGUAUGAUACGAGGCACGAGAGCCACAGAGACAUAGACGUCAGGGAUCGCUGCUGGCUAGAAAUAUCCGAGAGACUCGGGGCUAAUAGUGAGGUCCUCAAACGAGAAUGGAAAAUCUUAAGAGACUCCAUGCGGCAAGCUCUAAAGAGAUCCAAGAAAGGUACCACCACUAAAGCAGGCACGCCGUGCAAGAAGUGGAGGUUCGAGAACAGAAUGUCAUUCGUGUUACCAUACAUGACUAUGAGGCGGAACCAGAGACACAUAAAAGAUGACGUGAAAGUGGUGGAAGCAGAGGAACAAUCAGAUCACGAGUCAGAAGUGUGGGACCCUGGAAAUUCGUCCACUGACCAGGAUUCUUUAGACUUAUUCUUCGCCAGCGUCUGUCAAAGUACAAAGAGAUUGCCACGAAAGUUCCAGAAUCAGGUUAAAAGACAGGUCCUGAACGUCCUACUGAAGGUGGAAGAUGAAUUUGAGAACGAUCAAAGUGAUACAAAAACUGAAAAUAAAAGUUUUUAAA